AUGGCUAGCCUGACACUGAAUCCUUCAAAAAAUGCCGAUCCCUUUUUCACCACUCUCGAUGACCUGAGAACUCCGGAUGCAAAAGACUUGCACCUUUGCUCAGAUGCGGCACUUCUGUACAUCUACAUGAUUGAUGUAAGUUGGCAGAGAUGUUUUACAAGUCAUUUGUAGUUUGAAGAUUGUGUCCCCAUCUUGUGCCAAAAGAUAAAAAAAUGGAAGUUCAUACGCACAGCUUCCUUGUUUCCCCAAAGAAGGAUUUUUCAGAAAGUAGUUCAUGGAAAAAAACUUGUAACAUUUCUGAAGUCAAACAAUUACAGGUUGGAGAAAUAUUGGUUGACAGACAUGUUGACCUGGAAGCGGAGCAAAGAGAAAGCUAUGUGCUGCAUUACAGAAGGUUAG